CCCGACAGGGGCACUACUUUCAGCGCGUUAAACCCGAACAAUAGACCCACAGACGUGCUUCGGACGUACGCGGUAUAUACGCGGCUCUCUACUGUCGCUCGCGCGCGCGUGUGCCUCCUUGCUCGCUCUAUACUCGCAGCUCUCAAAAUAAAAAAGAAACUCGACUUUUUCUCGCGCGAGAAGAGCAUCUUCGUCGUGCAAGUACUUAGUCGUCGUCGUCGUCGUCCUCGUGUUGUGUGCGCGGCUGCAGCAGCGAUCGGUCCUCGCAGAGUGCGAGUAUAAUACAUAUAUAUAUAUAGUGCUGACAGCGGCGCCGCGACCGAGGAUCUCGCGGCCGCGUGUGUGUUUGUGUAUGUGUAUUCACACUCGCCUGAGCUGUGAUACGCGUUGUACUCGAGGGCAGAGGAGGGCCAUCGGUGCAGCGAACACAGUAGUGUGUUUUGCGAGCAUUGUGCGCGAGUGAGCCGAAAACUGUGCGAGCGAGAGCGAGAAAGAACGAAGUCGGGAGGAAUAAUGUGACGACGAAUGAUAGGCCGCCUUCGUAAAACGAUUUUAUCAAGUGUGUGUUAUUCUCGUGCGCGAAAAUAUAAGAAUAAACGACGCUCCGAUGAAGUGGUGCCGCGUUGCAGCCGAGUGUGAUAGUAUUAGUAUAUAACGUAAAAGAAAAGAGUGAGAGUGCCUGGGAAUAUAGUUGUAGGAUAUCGCUCUGUGCUCUGCAGCAGUGUAUACGAGUACACACGUAUCAUACUUAGAGAAGAGAGAAACAAAAGGAGGAGCCCUGGAGAAGGACAAGGAAGGAGCCGCCUCCUCCUCCUCCGGCGACAUCACGGCCACAGCAUGCCGCGACGGAAGUCCUCCGGGAGGCAGCGCCUACUCCUAGGCCUGGCCCUCGUCCUCGCGCUUCUACCAGCCGCAGUUCAUGGUAAGAAGACUAUCUCGAUAUCCUACUCGCCGUUGGAGCCGUUCUACGGCAAUUCGGGUUUAUCAAGUGGAGGAUUUGUUUCGUGUUCGCCGAGUCCCUGCAAAAAUGGAGGCCACUGCGUGUCAUCGCCGCGAGGAGAAUCACAUUGCAACUGUACAUCGAAAUACGUGGGCGAGUACUGCCAGCACCAGAACCCGUGCUUGACCGGCUCCCGAUGCCAGAACGGCGGAUCCUGUCGAGUGCUGGAGGCCAGCGGCGGCGGCACACCAUCUUUCGCCUGCGAGUGUCCAAUCGGCUUCAUCGAGAGCCUCUGCGAGAUCCGAGUGGACAAUGCCUGCGACUCAUCGCCCUGCUUCAACAACGGCACGUGCGUCCUCAAGAGCCUCUACGACUACACCUGCUCCUGCGUCAACGGAUUUGCCGGUGAAUUCUGUGAGAAAGUCGACUACUGCGCCUCGUCGCCUUGUCGCAACGAAGCCCUGUGUCGAUCGCUGGACAAUAACUACCAGUGCACGUGCGCAUCAGGUUUCACAGGGCCGACCUGCUCGGAAGACGUCAACGAGUGUGUGAUGCAACCUUGCCGAUUUGGAUCCUGCCUCAACACCCACGGAUCAUACAAAUGUAUGUGCAACAGCGGAUACACCGGCCAGAACUGCGAGAGCGACUACGUCCCCUGCGACCCGUCGCCGUGUCUCAACGGCGGCGUCUGCCAUCAACUAGACAACCUCAGCUACAAGUGCACAUGUCCAGAAGGCUUUGAAGGCGAAAACUGCGAGGAGAACAUCGACGACUGCAUAGGCAACCUCUGCCAAAACGGAGCGACCUGCAUCGACAGGGUGAACGAGUACUCGUGCCUGUGUCCACCUGCGUUCACCGGUACCCAGUGCGAGCACGACGUCGACGAGUGUUCCGUCAGGCCGUCGCUCUGCUACAACGGCGCUACCUGUACCAACAGCCACGGAAGCUACUCCUGCAUAUGCGUCAACGGCUGGACGGGACCUGAUUGCAGUGUCAACAUCGACGAUUGCGCCGGAGCUGCCUGCUUCAACGGGGCGACCUGCAUCGAUAGGGUGGGAAGCUUCUUCUGCCAGUGCACGCCUGGAAAGACCGGUCUGCUCUGCCAUCUGGACGACGCCUGUACGUCGAAUCCCUGCCACCAGGAUGCCGUCUGCGAUACCAGCCCGAUCAACGGCUCGUUCACGUGCUCCUGUACCAGCGGCUACCGUGGAAUCGACUGCUCCGAGGACAUCGACGAGUGCAAACAAGGUUCACCGUGCGAGCACGACGGCAUCUGCGUCAACACGCCCGGCUCGUUCGCCUGCAACUGCACGCAAGGUUUCACCGGGCCGAGAUGCGAGACCAACGUCAACGAGUGCGAGUCACAUCCCUGCAGAAACGACGGAUCCUGCCUCGACGAUCCUGGAACGUUCAGAUGCGUCUGCAUGCCUGGAUUCACGGGCACGCAGUGCGAGAUCAACAUCGACGAGUGCGCCGGCAACCCCUGUCUGAACAACGGCGUCUGCACGGACCUGAUCAACGGCUUCAACUGCAGGUGCGCCGACGGUUUCGCCGGAGUCCACUGCCAGAUCAACAUCGACGACUGCGCCUCGUCGCCCUGUCGGAACGGCGGAACCUGUCACGACAGCAUCGCCAAGUACACCUGCGAGUGUCCGCCGGGAUUCACCGGUGCCUCCUGCGAGACCAACAUCAACGACUGCCAGUCGAAUCCUUGCCACAGCGGUACCUGCAUCGACGGCGAGAACUCGUUCACUUGCAGCUGUUAUCCUGGAUUCACCGGUAAUCUCUGCCAGACCCAAGUCGACGAGUGCGAGAGCAACCCCUGCCUCUUCGGAGGUAGCUGCGUCGACAAGGUCAACAGCUACCAGUGCAUCUGCAGACCUGGAACCUCUGGGAACAACUGCGAGGUCAACGUCAACGAGUGCUACAGCAAUCCUUGCAGGAACGGCGCGAGAUGCAUCGACGGUAUCAACAGAUACUCGUGCGAAUGCGAGCCAGGCUUCACCGGCCAGCACUGCGAGACGGACAUCAACGAGUGCGCGUCGAAUCCCUGCGCGAACGGCGGCCGCUGCAUCGACCUGAUCAACGGCUUCCGUUGCGAGUGUCCUCGUGGCUACUACGACGCCCGUUGUCUCAGCGACGUGGACGAGUGCGCUUCGAAUCCCUGCGUCAAUGGCGGCACUUGCGAGGACGGCGUCAAUCAGUUCAUCUGUCACUGUCUCCCUGGCUACGGCGGUAAACGCUGCGAGGUCGACAUCGACGAGUGCGGAUCCAACCCCUGCCAACACGGAGGUAUCUGCAAGGACAGGUUGGACGGUUACAGCUGCCAGUGUCUGCCCGGCUACGCGGGUAUCAACUGCGAGACCAACAUCGAUGACUGCGCCAACAGUCCUUGUCAGAACGGAGGAUCUUGUAUCGAUCUGGUGAACGACUACAAGUGCGUCUGCGAACUGCCGCAUACCGGAAGGAACUGCGAGAACAAGCUCGAUCCUUGCUCGCCCAACAAGUGCCUUCACGGAGCGAAAUGCUCGCCGUCAUCCAACUUCCUGGACUUCGCCUGUACCUGUACGGUCGGCUACACCGGCCGACUCUGUGACGAGGAUGUGGACGAGUGCAUUAUGACCUCGCCUUGCAGAAACGGCGCCACUUGCCGCAACACCAACGGCUCCUAUCACUGCGUCUGCACCAAGGGAUACGAGGGUCGCGACUGCAUCAUCAACACCGACGACUGCGCUUCGUAUCCCUGCCAGAACGGUGGUACCUGUCUCGACGGCAUCGGCGACUACACCUGCCUGUGCGUCGACGGUUUCAGUGGCAAGCACUGCGAGGUUGAUGUCGACGAGUGCCUCUCUGCUCCCUGUCAGAACGGCGCCAUCUGCAAGGAAUACGUCAACUCGUACACAUGUCAGUGCAAGCUCGGCUUCUCGGGCAUUAACUGCCAGACCAACGACGAGGACUGCACGGAAUCCUCCUGCAUGAACGGCGGCACCUGUAUCGACGGCAUCAACAACUACACUUGCGUCUGCAGGCCUGGCUACACGGGCUCCAACUGCCAGUACCGCAUCAACGAGUGUGACAGCAGUCCAUGUCAGAAUGGCGCGACUUGCCAUGACCACGUGCAGCACUACACCUGCCACUGUCCCUACGGUUUCACCGGAGAGCGUUGCGAGAAUUUUGUUGACUGGUGCGCCGAGUCGCCCUGCGAGAAUCAAGCGACAUGUUUGCAGCAGCGAAACAAGUACGAGUGCAAGUGCUCUCCCGGAUGGACCGGCAAAGUUUGCGACGUCGAGAUGGUCUCCUGCAAGGACGCGGCUCUGCGCAAGGGUGUACCGGAAAGGAGGCUGUGCAACAACGGCACAUGUAAGGACAUCGGCAACAGCCACAGCUGUCUCUGCGAUGAAGGCUACACUGGAAGCUACUGUCAGACCGAGAUCAACGAGUGUGACUCCGCACCUUGCCAGAACGGAGCCACCUGCAGAGACCUCGUGGGCUCAUAUCAGUGCGUCUGCACCAAGGGAUUCCAAGGACAGAACUGCGAACUGAACGUCGACGAUUGCAGUCUCAACCCGUGCCAGAACGGCGGAACCUGUCACGAUCUCAUUAGUAACUUUAGCUGCUCGUGCCCAUCUGGAACUCUUGGAUUCAUCUGCGAAAUCAAUGUCGACGAUUGUGUCAUCGAUGCCUGCCAUAACAACGGCACUUGCGUCGACAAAGUCGGAGGCUUCGAGUGCAAGUGUCCGCCAGGAUUCGUUGGUCCUCGUUGCGAAGGUGAUAUCAACGAAUGUCUGUCCAACCCUUGCGCUGCUCCCGGUACCCAGGACUGCGUGCAGUUGGUGAACAACUACCACUGCAACUGCAAACCCGGCUACAUGGGCAGGCACUGCGAGGUUGAGGUCAACUUCUGCGACAGCUCGCCCUGCCAGAAUGGAGGUAUCUGUACCGCUGAAAAGGCCGGACACACCUGCGUCUGUCCCAGCGACUACUAUGGACACAACUGCGAGUUCUCUGGAUCUUACUGUGACACCGAGCCGUGUCUGAACGGAGGCUCCUGCCGCGUCACCGACAGCAGCGUGGGCUACAGGUGUUACUGUCCACCCGGCACCGCUGGAACUCACUGCGAGAUCGACGCCAAGGACGAGUGUCUCAGCAACCCGUGCAAGCAGCCCGAUGCCAUGUGCGAGAAUCUGUUAGGAGAUUACGCCUGCUACUGUCCACCCAAGUGGAAAGGCAAGAACUGCGAGCUCUAUGAUGCCACUUACCGCGGUGGUGUCUUCAACAGGAGACCCAACGGACCCAAUAUCUUGAACGCCUACGAACAGGAUCUCGAGCGCGCGAGGAUAAAGUGUGCGGAGAACAGGUGUCACGAAAAGAAAGGCAAUCACAGGUGCGACGAAGAGUGUAACACCUACGCGUGCGACUUCGACGGCAAUGAUUGCUCCUUGGGUAUCAAUCCUUGGAGAAACUGUACCGCACCCAUCAACUGUUGGGAUGUCUUUAUGAACGGAGUUUGCGACGAGGUGUGCAACAACGCCCAGUGCUUGUUCGAUGGAAGGGACUGCGAGAAGAGGCUCGAACCUUGCAACCCGAUCUACGAUGCCUACUGUCGCAAGCACUACGCCAACGGACACUGUGAUUACGGCUGCAACAACGCGGAAUGUAACUGGGACGGUCUCGACUGUGAACGCGAGCCACCAUCUCUCGCCGAGGGCGUCAUCUCCGUGGUGGUACGCAUGGAUAUGCAAACCUUCCGCGCGAACGUCGUCGGCUUCUUGCGAGACAUGGGUCACGAACUGCGCACCACUCUCAGAAUCAAACAGGACGAGCUCGGCCAAGACAUGAUCUUCCCUUGGAAGAGGGACAGGGAGCCUCCUAUUCAAACCAACUUCUUCGGCAGCCCCACCAGCAUCUACACGGACAAACAGACCGGUAUCGUCGCCUACCUGGAGAUCGACAACCGCAAGUGUACGAUGACUCAGGGCUCGGUUUGUUUCCCUACGGCCAACGAAGCCGCUGAGUAUCUGGCCGCCACUGCGUCGAAACACUCUUUGUCGAGAAACUUCCCCAUCGAGAAGGUCGAAAGCGUUGUCGAGCCCAAUCUCGACUACCCUGACUCGCCUACCAACUACAAAUACGUGUUCAUCGGUGCGGUGCUCGUCGUUCUCGUUGCCACUCUCAUCGGUGUUCUCGUUACUGCUCAGCGCCGCGUUCCUGGCAAGAUCACUACCUGGUUCCCAGAUGGCUUCAUUCGCACCUCCGGAGGUAGCGUACAGCGCCGUCGUUCGCGUCGUCGUGGACCCGACGGGCAAGAAAUGCGCAACCUCAACAAACAGCCACCUGGAAGUAUGGGAAUGGACCUGGACGUCGGCAACGGUAGAGCACCCCAAUGGUCAGAUGAUGAGUCGGAUCUUCCACCGUCGAAACGCAUGAGGGCCAUUGAGCCGGGCUACGCCAGCGAUCACACGGUCGUCACUGACUACGAGGAGGCCGAGCCCCGCAUGUGGACUCAGCAGCACCUCGAUGCCGCUGAAGUUCACAACAGACCCGAGGCUGGUGUCCUCACUCCUCCGAGCCUCGAACUCGGUCAGGAUGUCGAUGCUAGAGGCCCUUGCGGCAUGACACCGCUCAUGGUCGCAGCUGUUCGAGGCGGUGGUCUCGACACCGGAGAAGAAGAGGACGAAGAGGACGGAGCCGCUGCCAAGAUCGCUGAACUGGUAGCAGCGGGAGCAGACCUGAACGCCACGACUGACAAAGGCGGCGAAACGUCGCUGCAUCUCGCCGCAAGAUGGGCUCGUGCAGACGCCGCCAAACGAUUACUCGACGCCGGUGCCGAUGCCAACUCUUCGGACAAUACGGGCCGGACGCCACUGCACUCGGCUGUCGCCGCCGACGCGAUGGGCGUAUUCCAGAUCCUGCUGCGCAACCGCGCCACCAAUCUGAACGCCCGCAUGCACGACGGCACGACCCCGUUGAUUCUGGCUGCGCGUCUCGCGACCGAGGGUAUGGUCGCGGACCUGAUUAACGCCGACGCGGAUAUCAAUGCGGCCGACAACAGCGGCAAGACGGCCCUCCACUGGGCCGCCGCCGUCAACAACGUCGAUGCUGUUAACAUUCUGCUGGUGCACGGCGCCAACAGGGACGCCCAAGAUGACAAGGACGAGACGCCGCUGUUCCUAGCCGCGAGGGAAGGUAGCUUCGAGGCGUGCAAAGCUCUGCUUGACACGUUCGCCAACAGGGAAAUCACGGAUCAUAUGGACAGACUGCCCAGGGAUGUGGCCAGCGAGCGGCUUCACCAUGACAUCGUCAGACUCCUGGAUGAGCAUGUGCCGAGGUCGCCGCAGAUGGUAUCCGUCAUACCUAACAGCGCGCUCAUAGGUAAGUUUGCUUGCUCACCGAAUCACCCGCAGCUCAUCACGCAUCCGACGGUGAUCGGCAACGCGCCGAAGUCGUCCAAGUCGAAGAAGCGCCCGAAGCCGGGCUCCGGCAACCCUAACAGUCCCGAAUCGGAAAACGGCGGAGGCGGCGCCGCCUCGGUCAGGCGAAAACCCUCGGUAAAGAAGCAGCCGCCCACGAAACGCGGCGCUCAGCCCAAUCCCAACCAGGAGAUACCGCAGGGUGCUGAGGGGGCCGAGGGCAAUCUACCCAGCCCCUAUGACAGCGCGAGCCUUUACAGCAACGCGCUGCCACCCCUCAUGGCCGCCACAGCGACGCACACGCAGCAAACGAACGCGGCCGCGGCCGCGGCGCAAGCUGCAGCGGUCGCAGCCGCGGCGGCACAAGCCGCCAAACAGCCGCCCCCGUACGAGGACUGCAUCAAGACCCAGACGAUGCAACAGCAACAGCAGAAUAGUUUACAACAGCAGCUGGGACACCUGACAGCGGACGGUUUCACAAGCUACGGUCUGCCGAAUUUUCACGAUCAGCUGCUGGCCGCGCAGCACCAGCAGCCGCGCCAGCAGUCAAACGGCACCGCGGGCAUGGUCGUGAACACGCUCUCGCCGCCCUACAGUAAUCAAUCACCGCCGCACUCGGUGCAGUCGAACAUGACCCUCUCGCCCCAGGCUGGCUACAUGGGCUCACCCUCGCCGGCCAAGAGUCGUCCCUCGCUGCCUACCUCGCCGACCCACAUAGCGGCCAUGCGGCAGGCGACGCAUCAGAAGCACGGUGGCAUGCCCCCCGUGGGGUUUGACUUCGAUAGCCUGUCCUAUCCCCAGCAGCAGAUGCAGCCCAGUCAGCAGCAACAGCAACAGCAGUUUCAGCAGCAGCAACAGCAGCAGCAGAGUCACCAGCAGCAGUACUACCAGUAUCUGACGCCGCCGUCGCAUCACUCGGGUCCGGACGUGACGCCCCAGCACCUGAUGCAAGCGCCCGAGAGCUUCCCCACGCCUUCGCCGGAUAGUCCCGGCCACUGGUCCUCGAGCUCGCCUCACUCGAACAGCGAUUGGUCCGAGUGCAUGGCCUCGCCUCAGAACGCCUAUGGCUCGGCGGGCGUAGCCGCUGGACACCAAAGCAAUAAGGGCUCCGACGCUAUCUAUAUCUGAGACACGGGGGAGCGCGUUUUUGCAUAAGACAGAGACUUUUCUUUUUUAUAUAUAUAUACAUAGAAAUAUAUAGAGCAGGGAACUGUGAUUAAUUAUUAUUUUCUCUUUUUAUGAAGAUUGAUUAAGGAAGAGUUUCCUGAUAAAUGCCCGCGGAGUGACGUUAACCCGAACUGGGACGUCGUAUUAGCGAUAAAUUGAGCAGUAUAUAGCGUAAUGAAAGAUGCGAAUUAAUUAAGUAGUUGCAUGAAAUUAAUAAAGGAUAGAAAGAAAUGCGGUAGAAAAGAACGUGCUGGAGCAUUCCAAGGGUUGGAGAAUAAUGAUUUAUUGCCCAUCUAGCGAACGUCGAUGUCCAUACGUAGACAUUCCAUUUUGUAUGGUAUAUAACUCAUUAGUUAUUCGCUCGUUUUGUUUUCUUUGUAAGUAUGAAAUUCGCGACUCUUAGCAUAAUUUUGUAAUCCGUUUAUACACUGCAAUAAAGUUGCUCCAGACGUCGAUGGGUAAUGCGACUUUAUUCUCCGAGCGUGGUUUGCGCCAAUGUCAGAAUUGCGAUAUGUGUGUGUUUUGUUUAAUAUAUUUUGGACAAGGAAUAAGAGCUGGAGGGUGUACGAUUCGCAUAAUAAAAUCGUGUCGCGUCGUGGACUUGUUGCGAGAGAAAAGAUACGUGUUUUUGUUUCUUUUGAGAAGCGAAUGUUUAUCCUAUUAUUUUUUUCUGUAACGUCGGCGGCCGACAGGAUUCGAUUCUAGGGCUCGCCUCGCGAAUAAGAGUCUGUGACUGUGUAUGUCCCUCGGAAAAAAGAAAUUUGUAAAUACUCUAUUUUCUACUCUUUAUAUACAAAUGUGCCUUUACGAGUACUUUUUAUAUAUUAUAUGUCUUUUCUCCCGAUUUUUUGUACAAACUGUUUUUACAUAUAUUUUCAUUUUUAUACCGCGCGCAAUCGUUAUAAAGCCGAAGGCCAAAAGGCCGUAACGCUGCUUACUUUUGCGAUUGAGGAGCGUUUAAAAUUAUAAUCGUGUUUCUAUUAUUAUAUUGCAUUAUUAAUUGAUAUAAUGUUUAUAGCGAAGUAUACCGUGAUCUUUUUCCGUCGCAUUAAGAAUACCCAAUCGUUCAAAUUUCUUUAUUAUUAUAAUUUUUUGUUUCGUCAACAUUUUGUCAAUGCAAUAUUAGAAUGCGAAUGUGGGAACCUUCUUGGCUGUAGUAGGACAAAGACUCGCUGAGGAGUAGUUUGAUUUGGAGCACUUUAACAAUACCAGUGUUUUUUGACUGGGUGCUUAUACGAUAAUUUGACAGUCCUGAUAAACUUUUUUAUUUUACGUCUCGUAAAUUCAUCUUUGAUUAUCUUAGUUUUGAGGACCAAGCUUUUUAUCUUACUUUUAUCUUGAACGAUUACUUAUAUAGUAUGACUCGCUGUGCGAUAAAGAAUCAUGGGAUCUUCCAAAACUGUUGUAAGGACAAUAAUGAAAAUUAAUGAAACUCGUUUGAUACGUAGCCGUAGAGUACGUGAAUUAACAUGACAAUAACAAACAAGGGGACUGAAAAUAAUUGUGUUCGAUAGCGAAUCAUCUCAUAGUGCUCUCUGUUGCGCACAAUCACCUUCUGUGUUAAAAGUGUAUCAGAAAAACUAAGAAUACUAUAGUCGCCCAGUUGACUAAGUUAAGCUAGAAUGCUCCAAUUAUUAUUAUUAUAUUAUAUUAUAUUAUAUUAUUAUUAUAUUAUUAUUAUUAUUAUAUUAUAACAAAACUUGUUAUUCCUUGUAACUUGUAAAAAGUACUGAGUUUUAUUCGUAAUAACUAUUGCCUAAGUAAAAUAAGUUAACUAUAGUCCUAUUACAACCCAGCUCCUAUAUACAAUCCCUAUCUAUAUUUUUAUAAAUUAUGUCUCUAUAGAUAUAAUGAGUGAAGAUUCUAACAUUCUCACGAUAGGGUUCUGUUCUACUGUGCUAUGCUUCCGCGUUUUUUAUUCAAUAUAUGAUAAGCAUAGGUACUUCUAGUGUAUUUCGACAGAUUUUACACGACAAUCAAAUUGUAUUAUAGCAAUAAAAUAAAAUAAAAAAAAAUCUAAGAUAAA